GAUGUCUAUAACAGGAAUUGGGAUCAUUGCAAUACUUUUUUACUAUUCUGUUAAUUUCAUCAUAAAAAAUUAUGUUAAUUGUACACACAAUUAACUUCAAAUUACGAUCAAAAUUACAUUUCUUUUUUUCUUAAAAUACUAUUUUUACGCAGUAAUAAUGUAAUCAUUUAACACAUCUAGAUAAUGUUAAAUUAACACAAAAUUUUAAGUAGACCGUUUGGAACAUGUUAUUUAUAUUACAUUUAACAUAAUUUCUCCAACUGUAUAUACACGUAUAUAGAGAAUAUAAUAAAAUCCACAUAACAUGUAUAACAGCAUGAACAUAAAAUUGCUGGAUCAUUGAGAAUCUGGCACAAAGCCGCCAUAUUGAUUUACAUAAGAAUCUCAAUGUUCUAUUGGUCUUGUGUUAUGCGGAACGCAGCCGAUAAGCUGAAAUAUGUGACGCAUGCGCCUAGGAAACUGCAUGGAAAGACAUCCUAACACUAUUCGCAAGCGCGCGCGUAACACAAUCAUAUUAUGUGAUAGCUGAUUCAUACGAGAAGAAAAUCCAAAGGCUCGAAUUAUGGUACAUAACUGGUGAAUUAUGGUAUUUGAUAUAAUUUACAAAGGAUUCUUAGAUUGGAUCAAACUAAUACAUCAAUGGCAACUGACGUCAACCGACCAAAGAGAAACAUUCAGAAGCCAAAGCGAUAUAAAAGGACAUCCGUCGACGAUGAUGGUCUAAAUAAAACUAAGAAAUCGGCUAUAAUUAAUACAGAAAUCGAAGAUAUCAGAGCUGUACUCCGAAGUUAUGAAUCGAAGACUCCGACAGUUUGCAGGACACAAUGAACAAUCAUAACAAACUUGAAUGCGAACAAAAGUUACCUGUUAAAUCCGAACAAAAGUUACCUACUAAAUGCGAACAGACGUUACCUAUUGAAUGUGAACAAAAGUUACCUGCUAAAUGUGACAAAAAGUUACCUGAUAUUUACGUGCAACAAUCACACAACAUGCAAACACAGAACCUAUCACAGAAUAUUAUGCAUUCACAAGACGAGUUUACUCCCUUGCACUCAACUUCCUAUGCUCGUAACUCUUACACACAAUAUAUGACAUCGGAAAUUAACCAAAAUGUGAACAAAGUACCUGCUACACAGUACUCGUCUCAACAGAAUGACAAGAGUUUCACAAAAUUGCUCCAAACAUCGGAGUAUACAGUUCCAAAUUUUUCAGUUUCGCGUGAACAAAACGAUAAUCAACGGUAUUUGACUGGAAUUCACAAUACGUAUCCAUCCGUUAAUUAUGAACCUCAAACACAUUACACACCUCAGCCUACAGUAGUUCAACCUCAAAUAAAUUACACACCUCAGCUUACAGUUCAACCUCUUAAUUCACCAACAGUCACUGCAUCUAAUAAUGAACCAUAUUUAAAUAUUGCAUCGACGUCUGAAAUUGAAAAAUCUAUCUCAACAACUCUGCAUUCUGCCACCACUCCAUGUAGCACAGAAACUAAUACGACUACGCAAGUUGAUAGUACAAAACCAAAAAUUAUAUCAGACAUAAUAUUAAAAAAGAAGCCUUUAAUGGAAAAGCAAUCAACAGCACUGCAGUCAUCAAAAAUGGACAAUUUAUUGGUACAUAUAAAGGAGUACUACGAUCCAAAAUUACAGCGCAUUUACGAACGUUUCGUUACAAUUGAAAAACUUCUGAAGAAGAAAGUGAUAAACAAAGGAAAUAUUCCUAACAAACCAAAUAUGUUACCAUUACAUACGAUAGAAGAAUUUGAACGCUUUGAAGAACUUCCGCCGAAAGAGUUAGAUGAUAUCGUUGAUUACUUUAUACAUAUUGGAGGAUUUAACUUGCGAGAAACGAUUACUUUUAUUAUAAAUGAAGCGAUGACUCCGGAAGUUACUACACAUUUUACUUGGUGGGGCAAUAAAAAUAAACGUCAACUUUUUGAUACCAAAUUGAUGUACACGAUAUUUCGAGCUGUUCGUGCAAAUAGAAAUUUCGAGAGCCCAGACAGAAAAAUGUUUCAAGAAUGCGUUAUGAACGCCUUGCGAGCAACAAAGCAAAAACAUCGGCGUGCAAUGAAUGUAAAUGACAACGAAGUAACAAUGACACGACAUCGAAUGGAACAGAUUGCUAAUAUAGUUUACAUAAAACCCUGCAAUAAUAAUCUUCAGAAGACUAGAACUUCAAAUGGACCGAAGUCAAAAGACAGUAUUGUUAAGCAAAAACAUCGAUGUGAAACUGAUGUCAAGGAUGACGAAGCAAAGAAACAAUGUCGAAGGAAACAGAUCGCCAACGUAUCUUUUGCAAAACUUAAUAACAAUAAUGUUGAGCAAAGUGGUACUUCAAGUGGACAGAAGUCAAAAGAAAAUGACACGGAUAUCUUUUCCGAAGAUUCUAUUUCAUCAAAGGGUGACUACUUGGGGAUGUCUUCAGAAAAUGACUCGGAGUUAUAAAUUAGCUUACACUUUAUAUUUAGAUAUUUGAAUUCAUUUUUAUAAUAAUAAUUUUAUAAUUAAAAUUAAUAAAUUUUUGUUUUUAUGGCA